CCCAUUUGGAAAUGCGUUAAAAUCCGAGUACACUCCAUAGAACCUUGAAGACUCUCUCCAGAACCUAUCCGCCUUGAUUUGAAUUUUUACAACGGCACACCAUUUGAUUUUUCAAAAAGACAUAAUGAGUUCGGGCCGGAGCAGCCGGAAGAAGAAGGAUGCAGCAGUUGCUGCCAAUAAAAGACCGCCAGCAGCAGCGUCUCUUCCGCAAAGGCAAACGCAGAGGCGACGGCAAUCGGCUAAGGAACCAGAAAUACAAGACAUAGAAGACUUGUUCUUCAGCGAAGAGGAGGCCCAGAGAAUUAGGAAGGCUCUGUUGGAAUGGUACGGCCUCAACCGCAGAGAGCUCCCUUGGAGAGAAGCAGAGGAGGACGUGGAGCGAAGAGCCUACAGAGUGUGGGUCUCGGAGGUGAUGCUGCAACAGACGAGGGUUCAGACUGUUGUUCAAUACUUUCAUCGUUGGAUGAGCAAAUGGCCCACCAUUCACCACCUCGCCCAGGCUUCUCUUGAGGAGGUGAAUGAAUUGUGGGCGGGUUUGGGCUACUACCGACGGGCGCGAUUUCUUUUGGAGGGAGCUAGGAUGAUUGUUGCAGAAGAAGUUCAAUUUCCUAAAACAGUUUCUCAACUGCGAAAAGUUCGGGGAAUUGGAGACUAUACAGCUGGAGCAAUAGCCUCAAUCGCAUUUAAAGAGGUGGUUCCUGUGGUUGAUGGAAAUGUAGUAAGGGUGAUUGCUAGACUAAAGGCUGUUUCUGCCAAUCCAAAAGACUCUUCGACUGUCAAGAAAUUUUGGAAACUAGCAGCUCAGUUAGUUGACCCUUUCCAACCUGGGGAAUUCAAUCAGGCUCUCAUGGAGCUUGGUGCAACUGUAUGUACCCCAUUGAGUCCAAGUUGUCAUUCAUGUCCUGUAUCAAUCCAAUGUUGUGCACUAUCAAUCUCUAGAGCUGAUAGUUCAGUGCUGGUUACAGAUUAUCCAGUUAAGGUCGUAAAGGCCAAACAGAGACAUGAUUUUUCUGCCGUAUGUGUUGUGCAAAUAUUAGGAGAUGAGGAACUGUCAGAGGGACACCGAACCAACAAUGGGUUUCUUCUUGUAAAACGGCCUGAUGAAGGGUUGCUUGCUGGCCUCUGGGAGUUCCCGUCUGUCUUGCUGGCUGGAGAAGCUGACUUGGUCACUAGGAGAAAGGCAAUUGACCAAUAUUUGAAUAAACAUUUUAGACUUAACCCCAGAAACACCUGUGACAUAGUUUCCAGGGAAUAUGUUGGAGAAAAUAUCCAUGUUUUCACUCACAUUCGUCUCAAGAUGUAUGUGGAAUUGUUGGUGUUACAUCUCAAAGGUGGGAUGAAGGACCUGGUUAGCAAGCAGGGCAAAGAAACUGUGCCCUGGAAAUGUGUGGACGCCGAGGUCCUUUCAAGCAUGGGAUUGACAUCUGGUGUAAGAAAGGUUUACACUAUGGUUCAAAAAUUUAAGCGAGAACGGUUGCCCUAUGAUCCUGCCUUGGAAAGCAUGUAAAGCGUCUUGAACGAAAUAGAAUAUUCCUGGAGUAGGACUGCACUGUUUUGUUUGGACAUGCGUAACUGAAAAAGAGAUCAAGCAGAAGACAAACCCAGAAAGCCAACCUGAGGAGAUUUCAAUUUCUAUGUGGGUCAAUUAUCGCUUGUUUUGUAAGCUACUCCUUGCAGGUGCUUUCCAAGCACAGAACAGAUUAUAAUCUGUUUUAAUUUUACAUGUUGUGAUAUAUCAAUGCAAGCCACAGUUAGUGCUUCAA